CCAAUUUGCUUUCAUUUUUCUUAUCACGAGCACGAUUGGCUUUUGUGCUGCCAGUCAGACGCCUCUACCGUAGCUGGAGUUGAGUAGCAACAGCUCGGAAACAUCUGGCUGCCGCAGCCCUUCUAUCUCCGCUCGCUCGCUCCGUCUUUCCUGCCACUGCAGGUUGUUAUGGAAAUUUGUUGAAAGUCAAUCUAGUUAUUUUUCAACCCCAAGAGGAUUUGACGAAGGAAGCAGGAAGACAUUGGAGCUUGUUGUCUGUUAUGAAGACAGCAUGGAGUUCCCAGACCACAGCAGACAUUUGCUACAGUGUCUGAGUGAGCAGAGGCAUCAGGGUUUCCUUUGUGAUUCCACUGUGCUGGUCGGCGAUGCCCAGUUCCGAGCCCAUCGAGCAGUGCUGGCUUCAUGCAGCAUGUACUUCCAUCUCUUUUACAAGGACCAGCUCGACAAAAGGGACAUUGUUCAUCUGAACAGCGACAUUGUUACAGCCCCGGCGUUCGCUCUCCUGCUAGAGUUCAUGUACGAGGGGAAGCUCCAGUUCAAAGCCCUGCCCGUGGAGGACGUGCUGGCUGCAGCCAGUUUCCUACAUAUGUACGACAUAGUCAAGGUCUGCAAGAAGAAGCUGAAGUACAAAGCCACUGCGGAGGCAGACAGCACCAAGAAGGAGGAAGACGCCUCCAGCUGCUCUGACAAAGUAGAGAGCUUCUCUGAGGGCAGCACGGGCCACCCGGCAACGGCCGACCUACUGCCCAGUGACGAUGAGGACCUGGAGGCCAAGCAGGACCCCAGCAACCUGUGGAUGAGGCUACCCUCUGACCGCCCGGGCACCCCGGCCACCGCCACCAGCCCAAGGGAGGCUGACGCCCAUGUCAGUCCCCCCAAACUGCAGUCCCCUGCCGGCAGCCCUAGCAGCUCUACUGGCUCCCUGUCCCGGAGGUCCCUGGGCUCCCGUGGCUCCCGAAGCUCCCGUAGCUCUCGCAGAGUGUCAGCGGAUGCAGACUGUGUCCUGGACUUGUCUGUGAAGUCCAGCCUGACGGGGCCCAGCGAGUCCUUGUCCAACAACCCCUAUUUCUGUGGCCGGGUGACGCCCGACAGCCUGCAGGGCACCCUCGUCCAGGUGAAGCAGGAGAAGAACACAGGCUCAGAUGAUGAGGGCCUGGUGAGUGGCGACUAUGAGAUGGACCACAGCGGGCCCAAAGCAACCCCUCCCAGAACCAAUGGAGGACUGAACCACCACGGGGUCGGCAGCCAUGCUCACAGACGCCUGGGCCUGGAGGCCCACCUCUCGGCCCUACGUGAUGCCUCCCUGGCCAGCGAGCUGGAGCGUGACGACAAGGUCAGCGACGAUGACAUGCUGGGGGGAGAGAGUGAGCGGGCCCAGGUCGAGGCGGCCAGCAUCGACAGCGCCCUGCUGCCCUACGUGUCCAACAUGCUGAACGCCCCUCACACUCAGAUCUUCAUGUGCCCCCUGUGCAACAAGGUGUUUCCCAGUCCGCACAUCCUCCAGAUCCACCUCAGCACACACUUUCGCGAGCAGGAGGGUGUGCGCGCCAAGCCCGCCAGCGAUGUCAAUGUGCCCACCUGCUCCAUCUGCGGCAAGACGUUCUCCUGCAUGUACACCCUGAAGCGCCACGAGCGGACUCACUCCGGGGAGAAGCCGUACACGUGCACCACGUGCGGUAAGAGCUUCCAGUACUCCCACAACCUGAGCCGGCACGCUGUGGUGCACACCCGAGAGAAGCCGCACGCCUGCAAGUGGUGCGAGCGGCGCUUCACCCAGUCUGGGGACCUGUACCGCCACAUCCGCAAGUUCCACUGCGAACUGGUCAACUCGCUCUCUGUCAAGAGUGAAGGCCUCAACCUCCCCAACCUCCACAGGGACUGGGCCAUAGAGGAUAGUUCUCAAGAACUGUGGAAGUGAAGCCUGCUGAAAUGAUCAGGACUUUGUUUUUAAGCUAAAUGAGAGAGGUGUCAGUGAAGGUUGGGCAGAGAGGUAAGGGAGU